CACUCUCUCUGAAUUGCAGACCAAGAUGGCUCUAACUUGGCUUCUUGAAUCUUCUACUGCUUCUUCCUGUCUCUGGUAUUCUUAGUGGAUUCUUAUGACGACGGGUACCGGCACGGGCUCCGAUCCCAACGGCUGGAGCCGAGCCCGGGGUUUGUUUCUGAAAACGCUAGUACUUGUAGGAGGUGCUUUUCUGCUCAAGAGACUAACCAAGUCCACCACUCGAUGGGAUCAUACUCGAAUUGUCGCCGAAUCCCUCAGCGGUGAGAAGUUCUCUCGAGACCAAGCUUCCAGGGAUCCAGAUAAUUACUUCAAUUUGAGAAUGCUUACUUGCCCAGCAGCAGAGAUGGUGGAUGGUUCAAAGAUCCUAUAUUUUGAACAAGCAUUUUGGAGAACUCCUCAGAAGCCCUUUCGGCAGAGAUUUUAUAUGGUGAAGCCUUGUUCAAAAGAGAUGAAAUGUGACGUUGAGCUUAGCUCAUAUGCAAUUAGAGAUGCAGAGGAUUACAAAAACUUCUGCGAUCGGCCAAAGGACCAGCGCCCACUGCCUGAAGAAGUUAUUGGGGACAUCACUGAACAUUUGACAACUAUUCAUCUCAAGGGCUGUGAACGUGGAAAGCGCUGUUUAUAUGAGGGUUCAACCCCACCAGGUGGCUUCCCUAAUUCAUGGAAUGGUGCGACAUACUGUACAUCUGAUCUUUCAAUCUUGAAGAACGGCAAAAUACACUCUUGGGACAGGGGCUAUGAUGAUGAUGGAAAUCAAGUUUGGGGAGUGAAGGGAGGCCCAUAUGAGUUCGAAACUGCACCUUCGUCUAGUAUCAACAAUGUGUAUUCUCUAGAUAUCUCUCCCCCAGUGUCCAUGGAGCGAAGGAUAGAGGGUUCAUUUGUUCUGCAAGAAUGAUUACUUGUAGAUGAUUUAUUGGCUAUGUAAAUUUCAAGUAUUCUUUAAGACAUUAAUA